GUAAUGAAUCUUAGCAGUUGCGCAAUACCUAUCAUCGUACGCCGGUUCUCACUAGGAUUUUCAAUUAGCUUUUUCAUAUUAAGGGAGAGUACGAUAAGAACAGUAAAACAUUUGAUCAACUAUAUCAGACGAUCGAAACGCAGAUGACUGGAAUCACAAGAAACGCCAUUUCCGUUCUUGGACGAUCGUCAUUUGUUUCUCUGCAUCGACAGUUUCACUUAUCUGCUAGAAAUAUGGUUAUAGCCGUUGGAGACAAACUUCCCUCAGUGGAUCUCUAUGAGGAGACUCCAGCCAACAAGGUCAACUUGGCCCAGCUUGCUGCAGGGAAGAAGAUAAUAAUUUUUGCUGUUCCCGGAGCAUUCACUCCUGGUUGCUCCAAGACUCAUCUUCCUGGAUACAUACAAAAAGCUAAUGAACUAAAAUCUAAGGGAUUUUCUGACAUUUUCUGCAUUGGAGUCAACGACCCAUUUGUUAUGGCUGCAUGGGGUAAAGAUCAGGGUGCUGAAGGAAAGAUUCGCAUGCUGGCAGAUCCUACUGCUGCUUUCACUGAUGCUCUGGAACUCUCAGUCAAUCUACCAGCUCUGGGAGGAAAGCGUAGCAAGCGGUACUCCAUGGUAGUUGCUGAUAGUAUUGUCAAGGAACUUAAUGUUGAGCCUGAUAACACUGGACUCUCUUGCUCACUUGCUGAUCGUAUCAAUGUCUAAAUUAAGUUUACUGAUUACAGCAUAAACAGGCAUUAAUAAUUAUGACUAGCAUAUUACUGAUUCAGCUUUACACAAAAUGAGAUCAACAAUUCUUCAUACACUUCACGUGUCUUCAAGGCAUUAUGUAUAAUGGGUUAUUAAGAAUGGAGUACUACAAAAAUUUUAUCUGCUCAAAAUACUGUUUAUGAAAAUGUAUAAUUUGAGAUUGUUUUCUUGCAGUUUCUUACAAGACAAAAAGUAUUUGAGACAAUUUAAUAAGUUUAGUUGCUACCUGCUACCAAAUAUAUAUCGAUAUAAAUUAUCUAUGACAUUGAAGAAGAUCUAAUCAACUAUGUAUAAUUUCAAAUUAAAAACAGAAUGUCAACAAGGUUAAGUUAAAUAUUCUGCAAAGUAAGUAGGUUUAACACGUUUUGUGCAACUUCGCGCACAUUUGCAAUAUUUUUGUUGGUAAAAUAAAUGUUACUUUUCUUU